GAAUCCAUUUCUGCACUUCCCUCUCUUCCUCAUUUCGAGUUCUUGAAUUGGGCUUAGCCAAAGUUUGAAAAUACCGCUCAAUCUCAGCGCCUAAUUAACAUUUCGUCUUCAAAAAGUUUAAGCUUCCAUCCCUGUAUCGACACAGUUGCUUUUCUGGGUUUGAAAAUUGAAUUCUGCUGUUCUCAAGGGGCGUUUGCAUGAGAUAAGGAAAAUUUUCCAGACAGGUACAGAGACAAGUAAUUAGAGAGCCAUUCAUGCAUUUUUCAAUAUGGAAACCAAUAUCCCACUUUGCAGCUCUAAUAGUGGACAAGAAGAAGAGCAGAAACAGAAGGAGAACUGGGUUAUGUCUGAAAGAGGAAGAAAAGAAGAAGCCCUCUAUUCUCCGCCAAUUGCAGGAAAACAAGCUCAGGGAAGCUCUUGAAGAAGCUUCUGAAGAUGGGUCUUUUGCAAAAUCUCGAGACAUUGAUUCUCUGUCCUUGAAUCAGGAUGGAAACAUUGGAAGAUCAAGAUCCCUUGCUCGGCUCCUUCCGCAGAAUGAUUUCUUGAAUGCCACUUCUCUAGCUGCAGCCCGUACCUUUUGCUCUGAACACUCCAUUCCUGACCUCCAUGAUGCUUUCUCCAAGUUCCUCACUAUGUAUCCCGAUUUUCAAUCCACAGAGAAGAUUGACCAGCUGAGGGUAGAGGAAUAUGACCAUCUCUCUGAAUCUCCCGCUAAGGUAUGUCUUGAUUACUGUGGCUUCGGGCUAUUCUCUCUUAGUCAAAUUCAAGAGCACUGGGUUACACCGGCAUUUAGUUUGUCUGAAAUAACUGCUAACUUGAGUAAUCAUGCUCUUUAUGGAGGUGCUGAGUUUGGUACUGUUGAAAAUGAUAUAAAGACUAGAAUUUUUGAUCAUUUGAACAUCCCCGCAAAUGAGUAUUGCCUUGUUUUUACUUUUAGUAGAGGGUCUGCAUUUAAGUUGCUUGCUGAAUCUUACCCUUUUCAAAUGAAUAAGAAGUUGUUGACCAUGUUUGAUCAUGAGAGCCAGUCUGUAAUCUGGAUGGCUCAGUGUGCUAAGGAGAAAGGUGCUGACGUGCACAAUGCUUGGUUUAAAUGGCCUUCCCUGAAACUAUGCUCUAGAGAGCUUAGAAAGCAAAUUUCAAACAAGAAGAAGAGGAAAAAAGGGCAUGCAAAUGGCCUUUUUGUAUUUCCUGUUCAGUCUAGAGUCACUGGUACAAAGUUUUCCUACCAGUGGAUGGCACUUGCUCAACAAAACAAUUGGCAUGUACUGCUUGAUGCUGGGUCUUUGGGUCCAAAAGAGAUGGAUUCCCUCGGCUUGUCCCUAUUUAGGCCAGACUUCAUUGUUACAUCUUUCUAUAGAGUGUUCGGUUAUGAUCCAACCGGUUUUGGAUGCCUUUUAAUAAAGAAAUCUGUGAUGGGAGGUCUCCAAAGUCAGUCUGGGUAUACCGUGUCUGGAAUGGUGAAGAUCCUCCCAGUUUAUCCUCAGUACCUGAAUGAUUCUGUGGAUGGGCUUGAUUUUUCAGUUGAAAUUGAAGAUGAAGCAGGCAAUGGCAAUGAAAACUCAUUGCAUGAAAAACACAGUUUACCGCAAAUUCCUGCCUUUUCUGGUGUUUUUACUCCCAACCAGGUGAGGGAUGUUUUUGAGACUGAGAUGGAUCAUGAUAGUGACCGUUUAGACAAGAAUGGAGCAAGCACCAUUUUUGAGGAAGCUGAGAAUCUUUCUGUUGGUGAUCUUAUGAAAAGUCCAAUUUUCAGUGAGGAUGAAUCAUCAUCAGAUAAUUCUUACCAGAUAGAUUUGGGUCAGAGUCCAUUUGGGUCCGAUUAUUCUGGCCAGUUGAACAAGCAGAAAACAGGUUUGCCCUUAACACCAUCAUGUUUGUCUGGGAAGAGGAACAAUAGGCAGCUGUCCCCAAAAUUGAAGUCAAGAGUACACAAGAACCCAAUAUAUGAAGACAGGAGGAUAAACAUGACAUCUCAAGAUCCUCUGUUAUCUUUUGAUGUAGCAGUAUUAUCUGUUUCACAGGAGCUUGAUCUUGUAAAAGAGAUUCAUGAAGUAUGGCCUGCUGAAACAGACUCUGCCUUGGGCAGUGGAGAAAAAUCUACAGAUUCUCAGCACCAUGAGGAGAUUCAAGAAGAAUCAUGUGUCACAGCUGAAUCAAUGCUAGCUGAUUCUAAGUUUAGAGCCAAGGCAGAUGGACUGAGACCUAAAAAUGGAUAUUAUGAUAACUUGUCAGCUUCUGAAAUUCAACAAGAAAAGAAAGGCAGUGCUAUAAGGAGGGAGGCAGAGAGUGAGUUUAGACUGCUGGAAAGGAGGGAAAGGAACAUGUUUGCUGGUGGUAGAUUUUUUGGUUUAGAAGAGGAUGAUAGAGCUGCAAGCAUGGGCUGCAGGGUGUCUUUUAGCAUGGAAUACAGCCCCAAAGAUGACUUCACUCGUUGGCAGCCUGGAGAAAUACCCUUGACUACCUUGGGUGAUGAUGAGUCCAUUAGUGAUAGUGAUGGGGAAUAUGUUGAUGCACAGGAGUGGGAAAGAAAGGAGCCUGAGAUAGUUUGUCGGCAUCUUGAUCACAUUAACAUGUUGGGUCUCAACAAAACGACCCUCAGACUGCGUUACCUGAUCAAUUGGCUUGUUACCUCAUUACUUCAACUCCGGCUACCCAGUACAGAUGAAGCCAAGGGAAUGCAUCUUGUUCAAAUAUAUGGCCCUAAGAUCAAAUAUGACAGAGGUGCAGCUGUAGCCUUUAAUGUGCGAGAGAGCAGUGGAGGAAGGCUAAUUCACCCUGAACUUGUUCAGCAGCUAGCCGAGAAAAAUGGCAUUUCUCUUGGAAUUGGUAUACUAAGUCACGUAAGGGUAGCGGACAGCCUUAAGCAACAGCGGCGAGCACUUGAGCUAGAAAAUUCAGACUUGUGUCAGCCAAUGAGUAGUUGUAAAGAAGCCAAAAGUAUGUUCUACCGAGUUAAGGUUGUCACAGCAUCACUUGGUUUCCUGACCAACUUCGAGGAUGUCUACAAGACUUGGGCUUUUGUGGCAAAGUUUCUCAAUCCAUCAUUUGUUGAAGCAGAUGAUUGAAUGCUUUAAUGCAGGUUUUGUUUUCAUUAAAGAAGAAAUUGUAAAAGCAAAAAAACAUUUCUUGGAACUUCCACAGUAGUGUGUGAUUGUGUUUUUUUAUCCCUUCCCUUGGAGUAAUUCCUUGUGAGAAGAUCCCUUUUUCUAUCAUUCUUCUUGAAAGUAUUUUUAGUAUGAUUAUUUUGUCAUGUCAAGGGAGAUAUUUGAUAUCAUUGCCAAUUCGUUAGAAUGUGUAUUU